AUGCCAUCAAAGACAAAUAAUAAUAAUAAUAAUAAUGAUACAAAUGUAUCAUCAAGUCAAAAAAACACAUCAGAUAAUACUGUACAAAGUACUAAUAGUCAACAACGACAACAAUCUCAGAAUUUAAAUAACAACAAGGAAGAAAAAAGUAAUAGUCAACGUAUUGACGGUGGUGAAUCAAGUUUAAAACCUGUACGACGUACAAAACGAGCUGGAUUAAUCUUUCCUGUUCAUCGAAUUCAUCGUCUUUUACAAGAAGCCAAUUAUCCUAUUCAAAUUCGUGAUGGUACUGCUGUAUAUAUGGCUGGUGUAAUUGAAUAUUUAGUUGCCGAAGUUGCUGAAUUAGCAGGUAAUGCUGCUCGAGACAAUAAACGACAUCGUAUUACACCUCGUCAUAUUUUUUUGGGUAUUCAUAAUGAUGAAGAAUUGAAUAAAUUAUGUGAAAAUGUCACUAUUGCUUCUGGUGGUGUCAUGCCUAAACUUCAUCAAGUAUUACUUCAAACGAAGAGUAGUAAAAAAUCAAAUUCAAAGAAACGAGGUAAUACAAGUGGUACCGAUGGCGAUACAACAAUUAAUAGUAUUGAUAAUAAUGAAGAUUCAAUGGAUGAAUAA